AUGAACCUUCUCAAUGACCCAUGGACUUCAGGUCAAGACUCUAGCGCCCACGGCCUUGGUGGUCCUGAUUCGAAACUCCAAAGAGUUCAGGACACUUUAGAAAGUUUAGCAGAAACGGAUUCGGAUCCAUGGGCAAGAGUGGCACUGUUGACCAGUGAAGAAGACAACGAUGAGGUGCUUUUCAAAACAUUGCUGAGGGAGGUAAAAGAUAUCAACGACACACAAGCCACAGGGGUCACUUUGCUGAUCUACUGCAUUGUUUUCGACAAAUCAAGGUACAUAGAGGUGUUGCACGGGAUCGAUGAGCUUGACCCUAACGUCCCGGACCGAAUUUUCAACCAUUCGCCCCUUACAUGGUGCUUUGAAUUGGAAAGAAAGCAAUGUUUGCUAGAGCUUCUCAAUUUUUCAGAUGAGUUGAAUUUUGACUAUAAAAAUCGAGGUGGUUCCACCGCGCUUCAGCUCUUGGUUCCUGGAAGCGCGAUGUAUGAAUUUGCCAAAGACCACGGUUUAUUCAAACUUGGUCAAAACGGAAUCAAGAUUUCACAGGAUCUUUAUGGAGCUCCAGAAGAGGGUUUUGGAGACACCGAUGUUGAUAACACUCUGGACCAGAUCAAUCUGCAAACAGCAGGGCUAGGUUUAAAUGAAGAUAGUCCAUCGAUUCCUCUGGAUGCUGAAAAGCAUCUUGCACAAAACAAUAAUACAACUUCUAUUGAUGCUGGAGGGCCACCAUUUAGUCACUUCGAUUUUGACCAUGUGUUACCCAACCAAUACAUCGAAUUUGCCGACUACGAUAUUCCGCGACUACUAGAACUUAUCAUUUCGCUCCCGGCAAAGCAACCUCACAAACCUUCUAUUCCUGCAACUAUUAUUUUCCAGAGUCUGCGCUUUGCAGAUCAGAUAAAAGACAGCCCCUCACUUGUGGAAAGCAUGGCCCACCUAUCCUUGACCAAAAUCCUUACGUCAUUAUCCUCAACAUCCGGUGGUGCUCUUCUGGAAAAUCAAAGUGGAGAUAUUGUCUUACAAUCUUAUUGGCUGUCGAGUCUUACCUUUUUGUUCUAUUACCUUUGUCGACAAGCCGGAUUUUUCAAAAGGUACCCGUCAAUUCUACAGGAGCUGAUAGAUGCAAUGCGGUCGUUGAUAAUUGAGAUGAACUCAUCGAUAUACUCCAGGAUCGAACCCUUGAUAGACUCUUCAAUUUUGGAGCACACCACAAUUGCUGAGGUGAAAGAAACACUGUACAGAAAAGAUUGGAACCUGCUGAAAAAAAGGAAACUACGUAAGAGAAAAAACGGGGCUCGCGAUUCCUAUGAUCAAAUCAUGGCCAUGCUGUAUCCUCCUUCACUUGACGAACAGAGAAGACUUUCACCUUUGAAAGUUGUUCAGAUUUUUGGUGCUCUCUUUUACGUGCUGGAUCUUCACCAAGUUCACCCUCUUAUCGCUCAGCAAUGUUUAUCCCUUGCCAUCCGAUGGUUUUCCGUUACGUUAUUCAACAAGAUAAUGGAAAACAAAAAAAAGUCUCUGUCAAGAGCUCAUGCUAUUCAGAUUAAACUAAACCUGUCUGUUAUUCAAGACUGGAUCAAGAAUCACGAUUUCAAGCCAUCGUUUCCUUCCCUAAUGGACGAUUUUAUAUUCCAAAAGUUCCCUUAUACCCUUAUUUUCAAUUUGGGUGACAUUGACAGCACAUCAAGGCCUUUUGAACUUCGCAACCUUACAUUGUACAAACCCAGCGAUGGCUCUAUUACAAAUGACAUGAGCAAUUCACUAUUUUUCUACCAGUCGUUCUACCAGAUCGCCCGAAUCCACUUGGAACCGUGCAUGCAGCUAUUGCAAUGGCUUCAGGUGGCCACUUCUUUGAAUGAUGAAGAAAGUCUCGAUUCCACCAUACAGCUUUUAAACAAACUCACUCCGUUGCAGCUGUAUAAAUCUGUGACUAAGUAUAGGUAUGAACUUGAAGAAAACAAGUUUGCUUCCAAUCUGCGAAAAAAGCUGUCUAUGACAUGCAAGCAGAGGGACGAGGUGGACGUGUACUUCCCAGAGAAAGCGCUGUGUUCUCUUGCGUUGCCAACUAUUACAGAGCUCACUGAGUCAUACACACAAAGCGAUGAUAGCGACGAGCUUUUACCACUCCUACCCUUAGAUAUACAGGAUGAUGUCGAUGAGAUACACGAGCAGAAUAUGAAGUUGAGGGAUCAAGAGACGAAAGAAUUUAGCCAAAGCCGUUACGAGGACGAUCAAUCGACUGUCGAAGAGGACGUUGGUUCUGAGAUUGAAAACGCCAAUGGUGAUCAAUUGUUCAAAAAGCUAAAUGCACCAUCGUCUGUUGCACAGCGUCCUCUUUGGGCUAUAACUGAUGACAUAGAACAAAAUCCAUGGUAA